GGUAUGAGUGCGUUGAGUAAACGGCAAAAAUCAAGACGCCGGCUAGCUGCAUAUAGUUUUUUAUCUAAUAUUUCCUUGGAUGGAACUCACAGGGAUACAAAACUCGGUAUAUAUAACUUGAGCUUGCAAACUGAUUUCGGAAAGUGCAAUGUUGCAGUACAGAAACUUAAUACAGUAGCAGCCAGUACAAAAAACGCUGUAUUGAGAACUCAAGAUGGAAAUGAUCGGCUUAAUCGAAUCGCCGUUAGCGAAGAGAAAUUACAGGUUUAUCCUGGUCAACACACCGGAAGCAGUCCCAGGGAAAGGGUCCACAGUUUUGUUGCUGAAACAAAAUCUAAAUUCCUUAGUGCAAAAAAGAAAUCUACUCUGACAGUUCAUGAUAAUCAAUAUACAAGCGCUGAAAGCUUGGGACUGUAUAGUCGACAUACAUCUUCUACAUUAUCUGAAGCAUCAUGUCCAGCCUUAGAAGUGAGAUUUUGUAAAUCUCUGCGUGAUGUGCAUGAUGAAAGACUCGUUCUUCUCUCUCCAAGUAAAGUUCCUUAUCUUGUUUUUUCGUGUUUACCAUAUCUUAAACAGAACAGUUCUUCAAGAUCUGAUUUUAAACAAGAUGGAAAUAGAAGGCGCCAAGUUUCAGGAAAUCGUCCGUUGUCUGCAAUUAAUGAUGAAUCUGACCCUUUAAAUCUGUUAGCAGCUUUAGGAUAUCGUGUGCAUGAAGGCCAAGAAGUUUCAUAUAGGGGUCUGCUUUCAUCUCCAAACGCACAAUUUAAAUACAAAUUGCAAGACUCAGAUCACCUCACAAUUCCAUGUCCUCAUAUGAGUCGUUGUCAUUCCUAUGAUCCAGCUACUAGCAAUGUGCUUUACACGAAACAAACCACCUCGCCACCUCAUAAUCAUGAUAGAGCAUUUGACUGGUCGGAAUCCAAGUUCUGUCAUCAUACAUGUCUCUUAACCUACACUCCUAACUUGCUAGAUGAUCCUGAACUUGUCACAGGAAAACAUAGUACAGUUUUAACAUUUUCCUCAUAUAUAUCAUCCAUUAUUGAUUAUGUAAAGCCAUCUGAUCUCAAGAAAGAAUUGAAUGAAAAGUUUAAAGAAAGAUUUCCACAAAUACAUUUAACUCUAAGCAAGUUAAGAAGCUUGAAAAAGGAAAUGCUGAAGAUUACACAUUAUGAAUGUGGAAUUGAUCUCUUGACUGUUGCUCAAGCCUAUGUUUUUUUCGAAAAACUCAUUUUGAAGAUGCUAAUUAAUAAACAGAAUCGAAAACCCUGUGCUGCUGCUUGUUUGCUUUUAUCUGCAAAAUUGAAUGAUGUGAAAGGAAAUGAUCUGAAGUGCUUAAUUGAGAAAAUGGAAAGUGGAUUUAGACUCAACCAUCGAGACCUCAUAGCCUGUGAAUUUGGAGUUUUAGUUGCACUAGAAUUCUCCUUGCAUCUUCCAACAUGGGAAAUAUUUCCACAUUAUCAGCGUCUACUCUACGAGUCAUGAAGAAACUCAUUUUGAUCAACUCAUUUUCUUUGUGCAUUGUAAAUAUUUUCUGUGAU